AUGAGUGCAGGCAGGAAGACGGUGGCCACAAAGAAGAUGAAAAAGUCUCCGGAGUCGAUCAACUCUAGGCUCCAAUUUGUUGUGAAAAGUGGAAAGUAUGUGCUGGGAUACAAACAGAUUCUGAAGAUGAUCAGACAAGGCAAGGUGAAAUUGGUUAUCCUCGCCAACAACUGCCCAGCUCUGAGGAAAUGUGAAAUAGAAUACUAUGCCCUGUUGGCUAAGACUGGUGUCCAUUACCACAGUGGCAAUAAUAUUGAACUGGGCACAGCGUGUGGAAAAUCCUGCAGAGCAUGCACACUGGCCAUCUUUGACCCAGGUGAUUCUGAUAUUAUUAGAAACGUGCCAGAACAGACUGGUGAAAAGUGA